CGUUCUCGUCUAGAUCAAAACCUACCAACUAAAUACCUGCUCUAGAGUGGGAGUUAAAUUGAUGCUCUGAAAAAAAAAACCGCCGCCCAACACACCGUCCACGGUUUUCCAUACAGCGUGAUUUGUCGCAUUUAUAAAAGAUCUUUGCUCGCCCUUAAUCAAGCGAUAACUGCCCAGCACGUGCGUAGGACACGCCCACCUUCUAGAAGCUUCACGUGACGGGGAAUUCAUGCCCAGCGUUCGAAACUGUUGACGUCGAUUAAUUGUUAAAGCUUGGGAUGUUUCCUGCUGGUCGAUCAUUUCGAGGCUCCAGAGGAGCCUGUUUUGCCCAGAUCCUCAUGAGGAAUUUGCCUGUGAAGUCAGGUCUGACUGAACCAUACGAACCUCCAUUUACUCCCUCCCCCUUUGAUGAUUCUAGAAAAGAUGUCUUUGACCAACAAGAGAAAAGUACAGUUAAACCUGCAGCUGCUAUCAAGCCAAAAGUCUUAUCUAAAACAAUGAUCGACAAAUACAUGAGAGGUGAAACGCAUGCUGUGACUUUGCUCCAUCAGCUCGCUCAGAUUUUGCAAUUCAGCUUGGAAAUGAAAGAGACAGUGACCACAGGCAACAUACCAGGGCUCUAUUUUGCCUUUUGUGUGGUUAUUGAUGGGGUUGAAUACAAAACUGGCAUGGGAAUAACAAAAAAGGAUGCCCGGCUCAAAGCAGCACAGUUUGCACUGCAGGACCUGCUGCCCACCCUGGACAGUACGACGUCUGUCCUCCCCGAUGCAUCAGGUGUCCCUCCGCCCCUACCAGUAAAAGAGGAGCCCUCCAUCUCCAACACCUAUCCUGCUAGAGCCAUUCAUGAAAGGAAGAAUUCUGUCAACCUCCAGAUUCCCCACGCUGUCAGGGAUCAGCUCGCUAAACUGAUGAACAGCCACCUAGAGUUCUCUACCUGUGCAGGCACCACAGCAGCAUUCAUCAUUCAGACUUCCAGCGGAUGUGAGGUGGUUGCUCUUGGCACCGGAAACUUCAAUACCAAAGAGAGUGCCUCAUCAAGUGGACGGAUUGUGCAUGAUUCACAUGCUGUUGUAACUGCAAGGAGAUCUCUGAUGAGGUUUCUUUAUCGGCACCUGCUGAUGUUCUUCAGCAAAACGGCCAAUCUGACAGAGAAGUCGAUCUUCCAGCAGAACAGCAACAGCGGUCUCCUCAGCCUGAAGAGCGGAAUCACCUUUCACCUUUAUGUUAAUCAACUGCCAAAGGGUGCUGCUCAGAUCCCUUCCAAGCUGCGCCUGAACCCACUCUCCAUUUCGGCAUGGCAGGUCAACAACGAGAUCAGCCUACACCUGUCAGUAGAGGGCAAGGUGUUCUCAGUUUUCUCGUCAGGCUUUGAUCACUCUGCCUCCAAGGUGGUCAGCAUGUCCACCACAGACAAGAUCACUCAGUGGCAGGUGCUAGGAUACCAGGGAGCUUUGCUCAGCCACUUCAUCGAGCCCAUUUAUGUCCAAAGCAUCCUCAUAGGUGAUUCUUACAGCAGUGAUAUCCGUGGCAUGGAGAUCUCCGUGAGCCAGCGUGUAGAGGGGAUCACCUCUCAGCUGCCCAUGUUCUACUGCAUGAUGAGGCCCCACAUCGGCCUGGUACCUUCUGUGGCUACUAACGGCUCCGACAGUGGCCAGUUGACCCACGGUAUCAACUGGAGCGAGGGAGACAGCUCCGUGGAGGUUGUGGAUGGUCUGGAGGGCAAGACGAUAGAGGAAUCUCCCUUUAAGAGUGGCCCUGCUCUGGCAAGCCGUCUAUGCAAAGCAGCAAUGUUGCACCGCUUCAAGUUGGUGGCCAAAGAAGCUCAGAGGCAGGACCUGCUCGCUACAAGCUCCUACAGAGAAGCCAAGAGGAUGGCGAAGCCGUACCAGGAGGCUAAGAACGUGCUGAGGGCGUACCUGUUGCAACAGGGCUUUGGUUCCUGGCUGGUCAAGCUUUCGGUUAGUGAUAACUUCAGCAUGUGAAUGAAAACACAUUGAUCGUUAAAAUAUUUCAUUCCUGAAUGUAGUUUUUUUCCAGUGACAGUUUUGUUUGCAAGAAGCACAGUUUGUCGCUAUGGGACGUCACCAUACUAGCAAUAAGUUUCUAUUGUAGUUUCUGAAGUACUUAAAAUCCAUCCCUGGCCAUGUUUUAAAAGCAGUCACAAAUUUGUUUAAAAAAGCAAUUGAAGCAUACAACUUAUUUAAGGUAUCGGGUUCAUAUUUCUGCUUCAUUUAGUUGAUAUAUUUAUGUAAAGUAUAUACAAGUGUAUAUACUAGACUACUAUACUAAAGUAUAUACUAGUGUAUAUACUCUACAUGCGUUAUUUACAUUGUUUUACGGUUCAACAAUAGGAUUUUGUUCUCUUGUGUGUAAUGAAAAUGAUCAUGACCACCCUACUUUUGAACUGCGCCUUCAUAGCUAUAGAUAGGCUCUGAAGUAUGUUUAGUAAGUUAUGUUGAUUGUUGCAAAAAGACCUGAGUUUUGUCUCAACAAACUUACUGUUUGUGUUAUCUUUUGGGGAAAAUCAUAUUUUUGUCCAUGUUCAGCAGUUUGUUUCACCCCUUGAUACUGCAUGAUUAGCAUUAAAAUAAAUCAAUGCAAGCUGAAAAA